CUUUGUAGGUACUUAAUGGACCAAGGAAAUAAUUCUAGAGUGGCUGAGUUUGUGCUGCUGGGACUCUCCAGUUCCUGGGAGCUCCAGUAUUUCUUCUUUGUGUUGUUUAAUUUCCUGUACAUCACCAUUGUUCUGGGCAACCUCCUCAUUGUCCUCACAGUGGUCUCGGAACCUGCCCUGCACACACCCAUGUACAUCAUGCUCAGUAAUCUUUCUGUUCUUGAUGUGUUUCUGGCCACUUAUGCAACCCCCAAGAUGAUGCAUGAUUUCCUUCAUGAACCCAAGACCAUCUCCUUUGCGGGCUGCAUGGCACAGAUAUUUUUGCUCCAUGUCUUUGCUGGUGGUGAGAUGUUGCUCCUUGUAGCCAUGGCAUAUGACAGGUAUGUAGCCAUAUGCAAACCUCUCCAUUAUGCAACCAUCAUGAACUUGUGCAAAUGUACAUGUCUAGUAGUAGGCUCUUGGGUGACUGGGGUCAUGCACUCGCUAAGCCAGUUAGCUUUCACUGUAAAUCUGCCCUUCUGUGGUCCAAACAUAGUGGACAGUUAUUACUGUGACCUUACUUUGGUCAUCAAACUUGCCUGUACUGAUACUUAUAUCCCUGAAGUGUUGAUGCUUUUGGACAGUGGCCUCAUGGGGGUGACUUCAUUCUUGCUCUUGCUGAUCUCCUACACAGUCAUCCUGGUCACUGUGCGACGUCACUCCUCUGUGGGCAUGGCCAAGGCCCGCAACACUCUGACUGCCCACAUCAUUGUUGUGAUCCUCUUUUUUGGGCCCUGUAUCUUCAUCUAUGCCUGGCCUUUCAGCAAUUUCCCAGUUAAUAAAGUCCUUUCUGUGUUCUCUACGGUUUUCACGCCCAUACUGAACCCCAUUAUCUACACUUUGAGAAACAAAGAGGUGAAAUCAGCAAUGCAUAAACUGAAGACCCGGUAUGUAAGUUCUAGGCUGCUUUCUCACUGUCUCUCUCAAGACCACAAUUGUUGA